CGUGGCCAGAGUAGACUUAGGCGUAUAUAAGGACCGCGGACCCAGCCCAAGUCAGUCAUUCACCGGACUACCAGCCCACCAUACACACAACAACCAUGAAGGCCUUUAUUGUGUUCGCUUGCUUGGCUGUGGCGACGGCUCGCGCUGGACUCGCCCACGGAGGAUACGGUGGCUACGGAGGUUACGGAGGUCACGGAGGACUCGCUGUCGGUGUCGGUGGAGGACACGGUGGUGCUGGAUUCAGCGGCGGUCUCGCUGCUGGAGCUGGCACAGCUAACUCCCUCCAGGGUGGUGCAUCCAGCUUGGGUUCAGGUGGUCUUGGCGCUAGCUACGCCGCUGGUGCUGCCGCUGCCGCUGGUGCCGCAGGAGUACAGCAAAUCGUAUCUGGUGGAGUUAUUGGAGGAAGAUCAGACAUUGGACCAGCUGAGGGACCAAAGGCCAACGUUGGACCCCAGAGCGGACCAUCAGACCUCGUAGGACCACAGGAGGGAGCCAAAUCCAUCGGUGGACCCCGUACCGGACCAUCCAGCCUUGUUGGACCAGCUGCUGGACCAUCCACCCUCGUUGGACCAUCCCAGGGAACCGCUACCCUCGUUGGACCAUCCCAGGCUACCGCUAACCUCGUUGGACCAAGCUACGGUGGUGUUGCUUUCUACGCCGGAUCCGGUGGAAUCAACGGUGACGACGGUAGCUCCGGCGUUGCUGCUGCUGCUGCUCCAGGUGGAGGCGCUGGUCUCGGUGGCGCUGGUGCCAUCGCUGUGAUCGGUGGUGGUCCAGGAAUUGCUGGUGGAAUCGGUGGACACGAUGCCGGUGUUGCUGUGAUCAAUGGACCAUCUGGUGCCAUCCACGCUGGACUCGGCUCCCACGGAGCCAUCAUCCCCGGAGGCUACGGCAAACACUACUAAACAGUCACACCCCAGCGAUCUCGGUUCGGCGACGGCGGCAAACUUACCACGACCUAACCCGGUCAAAUAAAAACAGUAUCCUCAAAGCGCGUACGUCUUCUUCCCAAAGCUUCAAUACCAAUCGACGGAGCCAUGGUAAUCAAGGAGUAGUCAAGUUGGACAGUCAAGUCAUGUAGUGAGUCACAGUCAGGCCCCAAAGGUUAAUGCCGAUCCACGUAGUUCAUCGCGCAACAUCAACAAAUUUAGCCAAAUAACAUCAGUCAUGGAUGGGCAGAGAGAGAGGCACAAAAUGUGGACGAAGCUUUGACGCUUUAACGAAUCGGGACCAACCUGGGAUUUGUUCUGUUUUAUCGAACAUCCAUCUGUUUGGCCACCAAUUUAGCACCUCAACAUCAAUCAUCAAUGAAUUUUUUCAAUUUUUAUAUUACCAACUUGUAACAUCUUAAGGCCGACAAUCUCACUCGCAUAUACUAUCCCUUGAUGGACAACUGGCGCUCUUCAUUGAGCGUUAUGUUAUCCACCAGUUGUUAUACUCACUGCCGCACCCAAGCAUACAUAUUUUUUAUUACAUA